UGUUCUGGGUGUUUGUGCUUGUUCGCCGAGUUCCGUUCCGUCCUGUGCUGAUUGUCGCGGGCAGACAAGACGGUCUCUGUGUGAGGACGGACCCUCUACCGAAAGGAUCCGAACGCCAAAUGAUCCUCCACCGGCCGACUGGCGUGAGUCCUUUUGAUCUAAUCCGUACUAUCUGAUACCUGCGCAUCAUACAAAAGUGUGUUUGUGGCUGGAUUGUGAGUGUGUGUGUGUGUGUGCGUGUGAGUUCUCGCACGGCCUGGGUGGUGAUUUACCUGUGUAGUGUCUGUUUGCCGGACCAUCAAAGAACCGAUCUACCCAACCUUGAACUACAAUCAACCCCGGGGGGGGGGGCACAACAGAAGAAAAUAUCCUGCGAGCGAAGAGCUGGUGCUGACUAGACGUAGGACUGCGGUGCGUUGUGAUCGUGUGUAUUUCAUCGCCCAUCAACACACGGGAAUACAUCUCUAAGCUGCUUCGCCACCAGGAACGGGAACCAUGGCUCGGCGUGAUACCGGGCUCGACUACAUGAUGAAGCUCGGCUAUACCGUGGUGCUGGUGACGGUCGGGCUGAUGGUGUGGGCGUCAAUGGCACGGGCCCGCGAACUCGACCCAUCCGGGCAUCCACCGUGCGCGUUCAACGCACUCUGCUCCUGCUCGAAGAGUGCACCCGAUCUCGGCAUUGUCCGCUGCCACGGUGUCCUCUUUCCGGCCGUCCCCAAGAUGAUCAACACCUCCAAGCUCUACUCGCUGACGAUGGAUGGGACCGGUUUGCGGGUGCUGGAGCCCCACUUUCUGCAGGCCACCGGUCUGUACCGGCUCGCCCUUAUCGGUAACCCGCUGACCGACGUACCGGACGAGGCGUUCUACGGUUUGGAGCGGUCGCUGUGGGAGCUCGCCCUCGAGUACAACCAGCUGAUCGAGGUACCGUCGCGUGCGCUCCGCAACCUCCGGAAGCUCCGGCUGCUCAGCCUGCGCGGUAACGGACUGACCAGCAUCGAACCGGACGCCUUCCGGGGCGUCGAGGGUGCGCUGCAGUCGCUCGUGCUGGCGGAGAACGGGCUCGUGCAGCUGGCGCCCGGUUCGCUCGCCGGUCUACCGAACCUCGAGACGCUCGAUCUGUCCGGCAACGGGUUGCUGCAGCUCGAUCCGGCCGCACUGCGCGACGGGCUCGGUAAACUCGCCCGGCUCAUCCUCGCCGACAACCUGCUCGAGCACGUCCCGUACGACGCGGUCAGCCCGCUCGACCGGCUCCGGACGCUCUCGCUGGCGCGGAAUCGGCUGCAGGGCCUCGCACCGGAUCCGGAUGGGGCCGGAGCGGGGACCGGCGGUAGCCGCCGUCUGACACUCGAUACGCUCGAUCUGGCCUACAACGAGAUUCGCGUGCUGGCGGGCAACUCGUUCGGGCACUUCGACACCGCCAACGUGACACUGCUCGACGGCAAUCCGCUGCACGCCAUCGACGAUGACGCGUUCCGGCCGGCCAAGAUCCGGGAGCUGUACGUGCGCCACUGUGACCUCGGCUACCUGCAACCGGAAGCGUUCGCCGGGCUCGAGGGCUACCUUCAGGUGCUCGACCUGUCCGGCAACAAUCUGACCGAACUGCCCGACGAGCUGUUCCGUGGUUUCGACAGUUUAAGGCAUCUCAACGUGAAGGACAACGUGCUGCGGCAGGCUGACGGUGGGCAAUUCCGGAACGUGUCUCCAAUCGCUGGCCUGCACCUGUACCAGCUCGAUAUGGUGGGCCAGCGGAACAAACCGACCACCCUGACCGAGCUCGGUACGAUGCAGAACCUCCGCUCGCUCGCCCUCUCGGCCGUACCGUCGAGUGCGCUGGCACCGGAGCACUUGGCCGCGCUCGGACCGGAACUCGAGGAGCUCCGCCUUAACCGGGCCUCGCUCAAAUCGAUCAAGAACCGUGCCUUCACGCACGUCCGCGGCCUGAAGCGGCUCGAUCUGAGCGAGAACCGGAUCGAUGCGUUCGAAUCGGAUGCGUUCGCCGACGUCGGUCACUCACUGGUGGCGCUCCGGGCUUCGCACGGGCUCGGCAGUCAGCUGCUGACCUUCCCGGUCGAAGCGUUCCGCCGGCUGACCGCACUCGAGGCGCUCGAUCUCAGCAACAACCGGCUGAAGGCGCUGGCCGAUGGUAGUCUGCAUCUGUUGCGCAAUCUCGUCAGCCUCGAGCUGCACGACAACCAGAUCGAGACGCUGGCGAAGGGUACGUUCCAGGCGGAUCUGCACACCCGGCUAGCGACCGUUUCGCUGCGCUACAACAGCCUGCGCUCGAUUGCGACGCACACGUUCGUGGAGCUCCCCGUACUAACCGCGCUCUACCUCGACGACAACCGCAUCGAGACGAUCGAGCGGCGGGCGUUUAUGAAUCUCGACCGCCUCAAGCUACUCAAUCUGCGUGGCAACCGGCUCACCAAGAUCGCCGACGAAGCGUUCCAGAAUCUGCCCGAGCUGGAGAAACUGGAUCUCUCGUACAACGAAUUAAGCUCGUUCGAUUUCGACUUUUUCGAUCAGAUCGGUUCACUGACCACGCUGGAGGUGGACGUGAGCCACAACCGCAUCAAGGCGCUUGGUGAUUUGCCAGAGGAUAAUGCGACCGAUCAGCAGCAGCACCACCACCACCACCACCAACAGCAUCUGGCCCUGCAGCAGCAGCAGCAGCUGCAGCAGCUGCAGCAGCUGCAGCAACAGCAGCAGCAACCACUGCAACCACUGCAGCCACUACAGCAACAGCAACAUCCUGUGGUGCACUCGAACAUCCGCUCGCUCGACUUCUCGCACAACAACAUCAGCCGGGUGGUGGGUGGAUUUUUCCGGCCGGCCGAACAGUCGCUGAUGCGGCUCGAGCUGCAGCACAACCGGCUGGGUGCGGUAACGCGCGACCUGCUCGGCACCAUGCCUCACCUCCAUUGGCUCGAUCUGUCCUCCAACCGGAUCGCCGAGGUAGAGUACGAUGCGCUGCGUACUUUGCGCAAGCUCCAGGUGCUGAAACUGUCCAGGAAUGCACUGACGGAGCUACCGGCCGAACUGUUCCGUGGUGUGCACGGACUGCGCGUCCUUGAGAUGGCCCACAACUCGCUCAAGUAUCUACCGGAUGGGCUGGUGCAGAGCGAGGGUCUGGAGCGGCUGGACGUGUCGCACAACCAGCUGACCAAGAUCCCGGUCACGGCCAUCUCCAAUCUGGCAGCGAUGGCAUUGUGCGAGCUCGACCUCAGCCACAACCACAUCGGCGCGAUCCACAGUGUCGAUCUGAACAACAAGUUCCGGUCGCUGGCCUGGCUCGAUCUGUCGCACAAUCGGUUGGUGCGGCUGGAGGAUGCCGCGUUUGCGACGUUGCCCCGCCUUGCCACCCUCGAUCUGUCCCACAACGAUGAGCUGGAGGUGAUGGGCCGUGCGUUCAUUGGGCUGGAGGGUAGCCUGAUCGAGCUGCGGCUUGCGAAUGUGUCGCUGGGUGCGGUACCGGAGCUGGCCAGUCCGUCCCUCCGUACGCUUCAGAUCUCCCACAACGAGCUGCCCUCGAUACCGCCGGAGCUGGCGGCCAACCUCAGUGCGCUCCGUUCGCUCGAUCUCUCCGAGAACGAUUUGACCAAUGUGCCGCUGAUUACGCACUCGUUGCCUAACUUACGGAACCUGUACCUGGCCGGCAACCCGAUCACGACGCUCACCAACACGAGCCUGCUCGGGGCGGCCGAUACCCUCGAGAGUCUGGACAUUGCCAACCUGCAGCUGCACCUCAUCGAGACCGGCGUCCUGAACAAGCUACACCAUCUGCGGUCGCUCCGGAUAUCGACCUAUCCGUCGCUCGGUUCCUUCAACAUACCGCGCAUCCUGGAGAACGCAAACAAUCUGCGCGAGCUGUGGAUCGAGGCACCGAAGCCACCGUCCUCAACGUCGUCGUCGUCGUCGUCGCCAUCAUCCGUCGGUACGAAGGGUGUGAAGCAGACCGGUGGUGGUACGGCCGGCCAGCCAGUGGUUGCGACCGAUUUGCGGCGCGAGAUGGACGGUGAGCUGCCGCGUAAGCUGCGCACGAUCACGAUCGGUGGAACCGGCUUCAGCCGGCUGUCCGAUACGUUGCUGCGCGGCGUCCAGGCACCGACACUGCACUUCCGGCUGCACAACACCUCGAUCGUCGCGCUGCCCGCCAACCUGUUCCGCAACAUCGGUCACCCGGUCCGGAACGUCUCGGUGACGAUCGACAGCAAUAACGAUCUGCUGCAGAGCGUACCGAACCCGAACACGGCGCACUACCUUGCGCUACCGGAGCACGUUUUUCUCACCGAUCUGAGCCUGAGUGGUAGUGAGCUGAGCUGCGAUUGUGAGAUCGGAUGGAUCGAGUUCUGGCAGCGGAAACGCCGGCAGUACCUCUGCCCGGCUCAGCCCUGGACGGAGGGGGCCAGCCAGCGGACGAGCUACCUGUACGGGGGGGCGACGGCUACCGCGGUGCCGCUCGGUGACCGAACCGCCGACUGUGAGCGGUCGGCCGACGAGCUGCGCGAGGCGCGCUGCAGCAACCGGAACCAUGAUCUGCUGCUCGAGGUGCUGAAGAAGGAGCUCGAGUGUGGGUGGGGUAGUGCCGCGACCCGGCUCGGCAUAGUGCCCGCCAUCGCCUUCGUGCUCGUCUUCAUCGUCCUGCUUAUCUGACUCAUGCACUACCUGUUCCGGAUGUACAGCGAGUUCUACGACUACCUCGAGCAGCUGUACGGUGAGCGGAGCGUGGUCGGUGCGAACGGUGCGGUCAUCGUCGGUAGCUACCUGGACGACGGGUGUGACUACAGCAGCGAGCUGGACAUCGAGCUGGACGAGCUGUAGCCGGAGGUCCGGCUGGCAGCAGUUGGGUGCCGCUGGAGGGAGAAAGAAGCAUCCUUCCUCUUGCCGCUCCUGCUGCCACACUGCACCGUUUACCGCUACUCCCGGCUCCAGGCGUCUCUCUCCCACUUCCCUGCCCGCCCAGCACCGACCGAUUCGUUCGUUCUUCGUUGUUCCCGUUCAACGAUUGAUUGUUGUGUAUUUUCGGUUCGUGCGUUUGCUGUUCGUUCUUUGCUUUGCGUUCUGUGCGCUCUGAUCUUUCCACUUUCCCGGGGUUCUAGUUCCGGGGAUGUGCUUUCUGCUCGCUUCCUGCCCUCCCCAAACCCCCUCCCAUGGACCCCGCCAGUUUGCCAAUUUACAUUAAUAAAGAAUGGAAAACCAAAACCGGAAGCACUUUUUGGCUGCAUCAGAUCCUGUAGUCCCCUUUUCUUUCUAGGUUCCCGUAGCCACAAUGGCGAAUUACAAUGCAAGUGUGUGCGUUUCAGUAGGCAUCCACCCGCUACUUUCGUGGUGCGUGCGUGAUCAGUUGGGGAAAUCUUCAUGCAUGGACGCGUCUGCACGGGGCUUCAUCAAAUGUCCAGUUCGCUUCAUCGUUUUCCCCCCCCCGGGGCUGAUGUUAGAUGCGCGUGCACCGGUCGUUGGCAUGGUUACUUC